AGAAAGUGGAGUGUGGCGCUCGGGCUGCUGUUAUUUCUCAGGACUGCCUGGCGGUGGCCGGAUCCAGCCUCCUGCCCGGCGGGGCUUUCUGCGGUUUGCGCGUCUCCUGGUGGCGUUACCCUUCCCCGCACACCUCUGCCGACGAUGAGGAAAGGUCUGAGGGCGACAGCGGCCCGCUGCGGACUGGGACUAGGAUACUUGCUGCAGAUGCUUGUGUUACCUGCCCUGGCCCUGCUCAGCGCCAGUGGCACCGGCUCGGCCGCUCAAGAUGAUGACUUUUUCCAUGAACUCCCAGAAACCUUUCCAUCGGACCCACCUGAGCCAUUGCCACACUUUCUCAUUGAGCCCGAGGAAGCUUACAUUGUGAAGAACAAGCCUGUGAACCUGUAUUGUAAAGCCAGCCCUGCCACCCAGAUCUACUUCAAGUGCAACAGCGAAUGGGUUCAUCAGAAGGACCACGUAGUAGACGAGAGGGUGGAUGAAACCUCCGGUCUCAUUGUGAGAGAAGUGAGCAUUGAGAUUUCACGCCAGCAGGUGGAGGAACUGUUCGGGCCUGAAGAUUACUGGUGCCAGUGUGUGGCCUGGAGUUCAGCAGGCACUACAAAGAGUCGGAAGGCAUACGUGCGCAUUGCGUAUCUGCGGAAGACAUUUGAACAGGAACCCUUGGGAAAGGAAGUGUCCUUGGAGCAGGAAGUGUUACUCCAGUGCCGGCCACCUGAAGGGAUCCCAAUGGCUGAGGUGGAGUGGCUAAAGAAUGAAGACAUAAUUGAUCCUGUCGAAGAUCGGAAUUUUUAUAUCACUAUUGAUCACAACCUGAUCAUCAAGCAGGCACGACUCUCAGAUACAGCGAAUUAUACCUGUGUUGCCAAAAACAUUGUUGCCAAGAGGAAAAGCACCACAGCCACUGUCAUCGUGUAUGUUAAUGGUGGCUGGUCCACCUGGGCAGAAUGGUCUGUGUGUAACAGCCGCUGUGGGCGAGGAUAUCAGAAACGCACAAGAACCUGCACCAACCCAGCCCCACUCAAUGGUGGGGCCUUCUGCGAGGGGCAGAGUGUCCAGAAAAUAGCAUGUACCACGUUAUGCCCAGUGGAUGGCAGGUGGACUUCAUGGAGCAAAUGGUCAACUUGUGGGACUGAGUGCACCCACUGGCGGAGGAGGGAGUGUACAGCACCAGCCCCCAAGAACGGGGGUAAGGACUGUGAUGGCCUGGUCCUCCAAUCCAAGAACUGCACCGAUGGGCUGUGCAUGCAGGCUGCUCCUGACUCAGAUGACGUUGCUCUCUACGUUGGGAUUGUGAUCGCUGUAACCGUUUGUCUGGCGAUCACUGUUGUGGUGGCCCUGUUCGUGUAUCGCAAGAACCACCGUGACUUUGAGUCUGACAUCAUUGACUCCUCAGCACUCAAUGGCGGCUUUCAGCCUGUGAACAUCAAGGCUGCCAGACAAGAUCUCCUGGCAGUACCCCCGGAUCUCACCUCAGCUGCAGCCAUGUACAGGGGACCUGUCUAUGCUCUGCAUGAUGUCUCAGACAAAAUCCCAAUGACCAAUUCUCCAAUUCUAGACCCACUGCCCAAUUUGAAAAUCAAAGUGUACAACAGCUCAGGUGCUGUCACUCCUCAGGACGACCUUGCUGAGUUCUCAUCCAAGCUGUCACCCCAGAUGACCCAAUCCUUGCUAGAGAAUGAGGCCCUGAACCUGAAGAACCAGAGUCUCGCAAGACAGACUGACCCAUCCUGCACAGCGUUUGGCACCUUCAACUCCCUGGGAGGUCACCUCAUCAUCCCUAAUUCAGGAGUAAGCUUGCUGAUUCCCGCUGGGGCCAUUCCUCAGGGGAGGGUCUAUGAAAUGUAUGUGACUGUACACAGGAAAGAAAAUAUGAGGCCCCCCAUGGAAGACUCUCAGACCCUACUGACCCCUGUGGUGAGCUGUGGGCCUCCUGGAGCUCUGUUGACCCGUCCUGUCAUCCUCACUCUGCAUCACUGUGCAGACCCUAACACCGAGGACUGGAAGAUCCAGCUCAAAAACCAGGCAGUGCAGGGACAGUGGGAGGAUGUUGUGGUGGUUGGAGAGGAAAACUUCACAACCCCCUGUUACAUUCAGCUGGAUGCAGAGGCUUGCCAUAUUCUCACGGAGAACCUCAGUACCUAUGCCCUGGUUGGGCAGUCCACCACCAAAGCAGCUGCCAAGCGCUUGAAGCUGGCCAUCUUUGGGCCCCUCUGCUGCUCUUCCCUGGAGUAUAGCAUCAGAGUCUACUGCCUGGAUGACACACAGGAUGCCCUGAAGGAAGUUCUACAACUGGAAAGGCAAAUGGGAGGACAGCUCCUAGAAGAACCCAAGGCUCUUCAUUUUAAAGGCAGCAUCCACAACCUGCGCCUCUCAAUUCAUGACAUCGCCCAUUCCCUCUGGAAGAGCAAAUUGUUGGCUAAGUAUCAGGAAAUUCCAUUUUACCACAUCUGGAGUGGCUCUCAAAGAAACCUCCACUGUACCUUCACUCUGGAAAGACUCAGCCUAAACACAGUAGAGCUGGUUUGCAAACUCUGUGUGCGGCAGGUUGAAGGAGAAGGGCAGAUCUUCCAGCUCAACUGUACUGUGUCAGAGGAACCUACUGGCAUCGAUUUGCCUCUCCUGGACCCUGCUAGCACCAUUACCACUGUCACUGGACCAAGUGCUUUCAGCAUCCCUCUUCCUAUCCGGCAGAAGCUAUGCAGCAGCCUGGAUGCCCCCCAAACAAGAGGCCAUGACUGGAGGAUGCUGGCCCACAAACUUAAUCUGGACAGGUACUUGAAUUACUUUGCCACCAAAUCGAGCCCGACUGGCGUGAUCCUGGAUCUCUGGGAAGCACAGAACUUCCCAGAUGGAAACCUGAGCAUGCUGGCAGCCGUCCUGGAAGAAAUGGGAAGACAUGAAACUGUAGUGUCCUUGGCAGCAGAAGGACAGUAUUGACCACACCGGAACCGACACUGAAGGACAAAAUUACACAGGGAGUCUGUGUUCAGGGGAACCACAUCUGAGGAGGAAAUCCAGAUAGGACCAAGGCGCUUUACAGGCAAGAUGGCAACAGGAAACGUGGGGGACAGAUACAACCACCAAGGUACACGCCCACUUCAUUCGGACAGCACCACCACGGGAGCUAAGAAAAGCAAUGUGUAAAUUUGUACCUUGAAUUUAACAAUCAAUCUAAUUUUCUCUUCAUUGGGCUGUAUGCUGUAUGGUACAGGAUCUUACAGUUUCCUAGGAAACGCUUUAUAUUGCUAUCCAGAUGUAUGGAUAAACUUUCUUAACAAACCCAGUUUCUACAAAUGUUGUUUACAUCAAAUUGGACAGGGAUGCAGACGCUGUCCAUAGCUCGUUCUAUUUUUGUUCAGAUCAUUUGAAGUUGAAGCUGUGGACGGUUGAUUGUGUCUAUUUCAGAUUAGUAAUUUACAGAGAAAUCACAGACUUUUUGCUACAAAUCGUGUACAUCGAGUGUCUCAGAUAAUCUUCCCAUCAGUGUUCUGUUUCUGAAACGUGUUGGACCAGUAUUGCCGUUGGUAUCAGGGAAGUGGAGAAUCUCAAUGUAAAGGAGAAAUUGCUAAAAUUCCUUACGUGAUGGGGGAUCCCGGUCGGUGUCCUUUGGGAACAACCUUUGCUGUGGUAUUACAGGGAAGGUAGCGACUCAGGUCCCUCCACACAAACAUUUCUGUGUCACGUGUGUGUUUGUAAUAAGCAAUUUCAAGUGUUUUUUGAAAAAAAGUAUUAUCAUUCUUACUGAUGAUUAUCACAACUAUUCUAGUGAAAAGAUUUUUCUUUUGUUUUAGUUAGCAAUACUGUUAGUGUUUGGUGUUGACUGGGCCUGCUUCCCUUUCUUGCCUAAAGAGGUGGGACAUGGUCACCAGUUUAGUUCAAUAGCUUUUGCUUCCUUGACCUUUGACCUACUAUUCUGUGGUGGAAAAGACAGAAACGCUCAGUGGCUAUGUCUGCUCUUUCAGCUUGCUUGGUCAGAGCCUUUCUGCUCUUGCUCUUAUCAUGAGGAGAGUUCUCUAUGUAAAGUUCAUUUACUUUUGUGGCUGUCUUUCUGGGAGGCAGUGGGACUGUGGGUAACAGUGAACUAGGAAUCAGGAAAAGUUAUCCUUGUGGAGUUGGUCACUGUCUGGCUGUGUGACUUUGGGGAGAACCCUGAGACUCACUGGAGCUCAUUGUCCUUCUAUGUAAACAAUGGAGUGAGAUCAGAUCCUCUCAAGGUUCCAGAAUGCUGAUAUCCCAUUGGGGUAUCAUCAGCCUUUUACAUCUUGCAGGCAGGAUUGACUUGAAAGGGGGAUGACUUCAACAUGCAUUUAUUUGUUUGCCUUUGUCUUUGUAUCAUCGUUGCAUGAUGUUCACCGAGAGAGGGCAUCCUUUUCUUAUUGUCUUGACCUUUGGUGGGGCCCUACCCUCCAGCUGACCAACUAAUUGUAAAUUCUACUUUACUCAUUUAUUGAUCUCUAGAUCUCAAGACCAUGUCUACUAAAAGCCCAUGCAGCUGAAGGACUUGGUGCCAUUUUUCUUCCUUUAUUAAUCUUUACGUUAAUAAUAUUCAGUUGUAUUUACAGCCUUUUAUUAGCCCUUUAAUCCUAUAAAAUGUUGUACAUACCACGAGUUCUCCUUGGGACCAUCUUGGUUUUGGUUUGUUUGUUUCUUUGGGGUUUUUUGUUGUUGUUUUGUUUUGUUUUCAAUAUAGGAACUCCAUUCAGCAGAUGGUGAAUGAAAACUUAGCAACCCCAUAGUCACAGUUGCAGUUAAAUAGGAAGCACCCAUGUCCUUAAGUCAGAGACUUCAAACUGUGGCUGGGGUAUACUUUGGGGCUGGAAGUGUCCAGGUUGCUGAGUGGAUUCCAGUUGGGAAUCGUUUUGCCUAGUGCUCCCUCCAAUUCUUUUACUUCCUGAUACUCUCCGCCCCUUCCACCGUAGUCAUUAAAGAACCAUGGAUACAGUUGCAGAGACUUCCUUCACGGUGUUUUUCUUCUCUUUCAGAGAUGUAUCCUCCAAUCUCUCUAACCUCAUUCAUAUGUAAGACUCCUGGUUCCACUGAUGGUGGGAGGCGGAUUCUAUACUCCUAAGAAAGCCCAGUGGCUGAUGUCUAGAACUAUGAGUCUGUUUGAAUUUUUAAGAGUUUGAUAGAUAUUCUUAAUAAGCAAGAGGAAGAAAGACGGUCAUUGCUGCCUCUUGAAACAAAGGUGUGGAUGUUCUUCUUCACUACUUGGAUUUUGGAACCAUCAAAGUAAUCCAAACUGAGAGAUCUUGACUGGAUAUUCUGUGUAACUUCAAUGCUUUGUGCUAAGUCAAGAGGGACAAACAUGUUGCUAUUCUGGAUAAUUUAUCCUAAACACCCGUUAAGUAACCAUCAUAGACAUACUGAAUAUAACCAAAGCAACAUUAUUGAAUCUUUUCAGAGUCCUCAUGUUCAAGCAUCUAGAGAUCCUGGCUUUUCUAUUCAGACUCUCACAACAGGAAAAGGAAACAUUACUGAUAUCUUAUGAAGGAAUCAUUUGUCAUAAAACUACUUUUCUGUCAUGCGAAUGACAGUUUCCAAACUAGAACAUACCAAACAUCAAAUAAUUUCCUCUUAAGCAGUCCGCUCGUUCUCCUUAGGAAGAAAAUAAUAGUUGUUAGAUUGCUGCUUUCCAACACACCAGGUUCACCUGGCAUAGUUCAUUUUAGAGGGAGCUUCAUCAUCACCUCUGUGGCAUGUCUGACUUCUACAGAGCUUCUGAGGAAAGCCUUGCUUGCUCUGGGUGGGUAAAAAAAACUAAUUAUUUGUGCAUGGUGCCAUCUAGUGGCCUGCCACAUAGUUACUCAAUUUUAUAUACAGCUUACAAAAAGUUGACAGUUAAGUACCUGUGGAGUUUGACAUAACAUUUGUGACAGACGUGGGGGAAUUUACCCACGUGCGUAACUCUCUUAUUCUCAUAUUCUUCAGUUAAAUCAUCUAGUCCACAAUUUUCUGGGUAUAUUACCUCAUCAAAUUACUCAUUCACACCUUAAGUUAUUUUCUAGUAAUAGACAUAUAUGGAAUCUAUAUUAAAAAGUCUCUGAAAGUUGUCAUUCUUUAUUUAUGAAUGCCAUUGGGUUUUGCAUAUUUGAAAUCUUUUAAUUCCAAAACAUUAACUUUUAGAAGCAUAAGCUCUAGUCACAAAGAAGCCCCCCUGUCCACCAUCUCCACAUACAUAUACGAACGCAUGGCAUUCCCUUUGGGGUUUUGUUAUUUGAUUUACUAUUUUGAUAUAUAUUCUUACUAGGUAUUCCAGAACACCCUCAAAUCCAUCACCCUGUUGCCCCUGCCUCUCUCAUGUGGUGGGAGUUUAAGUAUGUACCAUAGACCUGCUUCAACCUGCUCUGCAUCUGGAAAUGAGAGUCCUGUGUCUAUGGAUGUGGGAGUUGUGGCUGUUAAUCAAGGUGAUAAUCUUUCAAUGAAGUAGACCUUCUGAGAUCAGGAACCUAACGCUCCAUGUCCUCGUCUUAUCGUUAUGACAUUAAUUCAAAUGGGCUUGAGUACAUGAGUAGAAUCGUGUGUCAAGAAAGUCACAACCCAAACAUCUUCAAAGCAGACACAUUGUCUCUGCUACACAAAGAACUUCAUCCUGACCUGAGCAAAUUAAUCUCUUCGGGGAAAGAAUAAUUUGGGAGAUGAGAGGUCCAAGAUCAAAGUAUAGCAUUAGCUAUUUUCACAUGUGCUAUGAGUCUAUAGAUUUUAAUUAUUCCACUAUCAAAGAGUAGAGACAUUCUUGAGGGAAAAGUUGCCAUGGCUAUAUUUAGGAUCCUCUAGAAAACAGGUAUUAAAACUAGGUUUUAAAGACAUUUCUUCUAAAAGUGUUUGAAAAGGAAACCUUCAGAGGGUGGGAUUUAGACAGUUCACAUCUGGAGCAGAGUAGAUGGUUGCUACAUCUGUAUGUGUCUCCGAUGAGGACUUGGCAGCUGUGAUCCUGCGUCAUUCACACCUCCAUAGCCACAGGACAAAGGAGAGCUUAUAAGGUUGAUGUUCUGCCCCAGAAUCUAUACAUAUGCCUACAGUCUGUGCUCUGGAGCCAAUCAGUGUAGAAGGAUGUUGAACAAUACGAGAGAACAAGUAAAAAAGAUUGACUUGUUGCGAGUCUCCAAGACGAACAUGAAUUUGAGCUGAGUAAUUGCUCCAGAAAAGAGAUCCAUUCAGAGAUAGAUACUAAUGCAAGUCCAAGGCCCGGGUGGCAAAGGAGGGACUACAGAAACACAGUGGGGGUGGAAUUAGGCUUGAGACGCCUUUUCUGAGAAGCUUUGUAAAUCAGAAUACCAUUGUUCAAAUCAGUCAUUUGUAAAGAUGAUAAUGGCCAAUGAGCAUCUUAUUUUAUAGAUCCAAAAGAAAAAUAUUUUUAUUAUUAUUCUCAAGAUAAUAAAACUGGUUUUGCCUUCUGAGUGCCUCGUGGGACCAACUAUCUUAUUCCUUUAGUUUUGUAUUGUUUUUGUAUUUUUAAAGCAUACUGAGCUGACAUUGACUUAUAACUCUUAUAACUCUCUGUACAACAAAGUACUGUUUCUCUGCCCCAAGAGAUCCGAUUGUACCACCUCUGCUUACACUGACCACUUUAACAGUUACCUGAGAAUAUCAUGAUGUAAUUGGGACUAUGAGGAAUACACUUAUUAUGUUCAUAUGGGCUAAGUAAGCCAUAUGAAGUUAUGUUUCCCAAAAUCUGACACUUAUGUAAGUUUUGUUAAAUGAGUAGAGAUGGCCUGCAUGUACCUGGGUGGAGUAUCUCGUCAAACUAACAGUGUGGUUGUGAAUCCUUUAGUCCUUUUGAACAAAUGGUUGCCCUUUUUUCCUGAAAACCUAUUGCAAUGGUCUUCAGAAAGUCCAGUGGGCUUGGCUGCUUCCUUUAUUGAUCUGUGGUGGGAUAUUAACAGGCUUAUUCAACCAAAGGUAUUUUCAGAGGCCUAUUUCAGUAUGGCUGGGGUAUCCUCAGGACAAAUAAGACAUACUCCAUAAACAUGCUAGCAGGUAAAGCCAAUGAAAUGUAAGAGGUGACCUGCAAGUCUUCAGUAUACGCAACUAUGAAGGAAUCUAUCCCAAGAAUUACCAGAAUCCUAAAUUGGAAGCUCCUGCCAUAUAUCAGGACAGUCAUGGCCAACCCCACUAGUUGUUGAGCAGAAAACCAGGGAGUGUCCUGAGAUACAAUCAGCUGUCCACCAGCCAUGUUAUUUACUACGGUACACCAGCUUUUUAUAUAUCAUUUGGGAACCUGUGCUAGAGCAGAAUUAUAAAUUGCAGGUUAUCGUACUGUGUGACCCAUUUUAAAUAAGCCUAAACUCCAUGUCAUCCUUACAUGCCAAAGGCCUAAUGCCAUGGAGCCCGAUGACACCCAGCCAUGGUGACUGAACUGUGGGCUGGUUGUCCUGAUGGGCAGCCUAAGGGACGAGCUCUCUGCCUUUGAUCUUCACUCAGCAUGAAGAUGUGGCAACAUCAAAGCAUCAUGAUGAGCCCUGUGCUGUGUUAAAGCAGUUUUAAGAUGGCGUACGAAACAAAUUCACAGCUAGUAGAACAUGCCUUUGCCCUUUCUGUGUUCCUAAAGUCACUAAUGGCACCCAUAACUGCACAUAUAUGGAUUCAGAUAUUUUUUUCUCCAGAUUAUUGGAAAGAAAGAGGAGCCAGUUAAACACAUGACUUGCGUUCUUUCUUUCACUUGUUCCUAGUCCUACUAUGGGUAUUGAUGCCCUUACCUUUCAGACAAUGUAUUUAGCCAAGUUGCAGGGAAUAUCAUUACUCUGUGUGUGUGUGUGUGUGUGUGUGUUAGAUGUCACAGUGUUGUGUGUAUUAAGCUUAAUGUUGAGCUGUAAGGAACCAGUCAUCUUCCUCCUUGUUCUAAAGAAGAAAACCCAUAUUCAUCAGAGAACAAUCCCCAGCUUGCUGCUAAAAAGAGGCUGGGUCACCCUCCUGCUGUCUUCUUUGGACCAGGUCAACUUCAGAAGUAUCAGGUUGAAAUUUUAAGCUUUGUCAGUUUUUUUUUUCCCCUUCUUUUAGCAAAACAACAUGACCUUGGCUUCCCAGAUAUGGAAUCCUUCCUUCCUUCCUUUGUUACAGAAUUCUGUCUUGCUGUAUCUUCUAUGCAAUUCCUUUUCUAAUGACCCCUCGUGGCUGAGGAGUGCUCUGCAGCACUCCGCUCGUCGCCUUGCUGUGCGGUGGAGGUGAGGGAUACCAGCUUUGGGUGUGCCUCUUUUCUCUCCCUGGUUGCCUCACCCAAUUUUCCUGCAGUCCCCUUGGUUUGUAAAUUGCCUGCAUUUACUCUGUCAGCCAACGUGUACAAAUGUAAGAAAGAAUUUUUAAACAGGUAAUAAAUUAUAUUUAUAAGCAA